UUGGGUUUCUUUCCAAUUAUUGUUUGUGUUUGUGGUUAUUUUUUUUCUGAAACGCUGUUUGGUUGCUAAGAAGGUUGAGGGAAAAGAAAUAAUUGGAAAUUCAGUUUGUUUCUUCGCUUUGAAGUUGUUCAGUUGGUACUGAAACCAGCAGGAGUAGUUCGGCUCAUCUUUUUAGUAGUUGUACUUAAAUUGACAUAUAAUGUUGUUCCCAGAGAUGCAAUAUUGAAUAAUCUUAACUUUGUCUGUGUUUGCUCUCUCUCUAUGUAUGUAUGUAUACACACACAGAGAGACAGCAACAGGCUCUUAUAUGUGUCAUAUGCAUGUGUUUGGUUUCAUGCUGCUACGAUUUCCAAUACCCAAAAGGAGUUUUUUUUUUCCUUUCCUUUUUUGAUGAUGGAUUUGUAAUUUUAUUACGAGGGUUGAUUUACAAAUCAUGGAUAAAAGAAAGAAUUGUUCUUUUCUAUAUUGAUAUGCUAUCUCUCUAUCUCUUUUUCUUUAGUUUGGUGUUUGGAGAGGGUGAGAGGAUAUAGUGCUUUUAUUUUUUGAAUUUUGUUUUCUACUAAAAGGAGCUUCUGGUUAAUUUGGAAGUAGAAAUUCUCUCUCUCUCUCUCUCUCUCUCUCUCUCUCUCUAUAUAUAUAUAUAUAUAUAUAUAUAUAUAUUUUCUCUAUAAGUUGGGAGCUUUCCACUUAUGGUUAGACAUGUUCUGUUCAAGUGAAAACGGGAAACAUCAUAGUGAAGUUAAAAGAAUCUUAUGUUGUUUUGUUAUUUUGAAGUUGAAUUGUUAUCUACAGCAUUUGUGCUGUUCGCAAGUGUCAUGACUAGUUUUGUCUGCUCAGCAGUUAUACAUUGAUGAUUCUUCAGUUACAAGAUAGUGACAUUUCUUUCACUUGGGUGUGGCAUUUCGUUUGUACUUUGAUAGCAUAAUUGUGUAACUGGGUGUCCUCAGUUCACCUCCAAGCUUUCCAGCUUUUCAGGAAACCAUUGUUCUUCACUGAUAGUUAUAUCAGUUAUUCAAAAGCACAUUAAGCUAUCUCUAUCAUCAAUAGAAGCCUGAACAAGUCAUCUACACAGUUUAUCUCCUCAGGAAGGAUGGAUAUGUAUGAUCAUAUCCAUCAGAUUGGCAUGUGGGGGGAAAGCUUCAAGAGUAAUGGAAUUUCUAAUGCAUCAGCCUCAAUUUUUGUAGCUGGCAAUCUAGAUUCGUCUCCAUCAAUACUAAUGGCAGCAGACACAGAGCUAGACAAUCAGUCAGAGGAUACUUCACACGGUACUCUUGGGCCUUCUAGCAAAUAUGACCUAGAAGCAAGUAAACUAACUGAUAAGAUACAAAGACGUCUUGCACAAAACCGUGAGGCUGCUCGUAAAAGCCGUUUACGAAAAAAGGCUUAUGUUCAGCAGUUAGAAUCAAGUUGUUUAAAGCUGAUUCAGUUGGAGCAGGAGCUUGAAAUGGCUAGAAAUCAGGGUCUAUAUAUAGGUGGAGUAGAAACUAGUCAGAUGGGGUUUGCUGGACCAAUAAACUCAGGUAUUGCAACUUUUGAGAUGGGGUAUAGACACUGGUUGGAAGAUCAAAACAAACACACUUGUGAUAUAAGAAAUGCUAUAAAUGUUCAUUUAAGUGAUAUUGAGCUUCGCAUACUUGUAGAAAGUGGCAUAAAUCAUUACUCUGAACUUUUUCGUAUGAAAGCAAUUGCUGCUAAGGCUGAUGUUUUCUAUCUGAUGUCUGGAAUGUGGAAAUCAUCAGCAGAACGGUUUUUCUUGUGGAUAGGAGGAUUUCGCCCUUCAGAGCUUCUUAAGGUUCUGAAGCCUCAGCUUGAGCCCUUGACAGACCAACAACUUUUGGACGUGUGUAACCUCAAACAAUCAUGCCAGCAGGCAGAAGAUGCUCUUUCACAAGGCAUGGAAAAACUCCAGCAAACUCUUGCUGAGACUGUAGCUGCUGGUCGAUUGGGUGAAGCAAGUCAUAUGCCUCAGAUGAAUACUGCAAUGGAGAAGUUGGAAGGUCUUGUCCGCUUUGUUCAGCAGGCUGACCAUCUUCGCCAGAUAACUCUGCAGCAAAUGUCGUUGAUCUUAACAGCACGUCAAGCAGCUCGAGGUUUGCUUGCCUUGGGAGAGUACUUCGAACGACUACGAGCUUUAAGCACAAUUUGGGUGACUAAUCCUCGUGAGCUUGCCUAAUAUUGCAAGACAAGGAACAUAGCAAGUGAAACUCACAUGGAGAUGAGUCAUCAGCAGCGCGAUACACAGGCAGCCGAAGGUUUACCUUUUGGUAAUGAUGUUAUAAACCUAUAAAGACAUGGCUGGAGCUGCUGAAAUUUUUCAAGCAGCUGUCACUACAAUUGACAAGUUGUAAAUGUAGGUAGCCAUUAUAUCAAAAGCGAAAGUUCUUAGUCGAAUCAAAAUUUUCAAUGCCUGGUAUAUGGUGUGUUGUUUUCAAAUGAUAUAGCGCUUGUUUUGAGUAAGAAAUCAGAUCCUCAUGUAAAUUUUCGCAGAAUUUUCUCCUGUAUUUUAAAUGUCAUAUACAUAAAGGUGAUGAUUGGUGGAUAUGUAUAUAGUUCUCUUAGUGCUUGGAAAAUCCAUAGGUACUUGUACUCGGGCACUAAGAUUGCCCUUGGAAUCAAAUCAAAUCAAGUCCUCAUUUUGUGGGAUUAUGCGCUUUGGUUUCAUAAAA